AUGGCAGCGGUAGCUGCUGGGGUUGCUGGCGUAGCACUGACGGGAUCCUUGUCGACGGUGUUUGCCUUGGGUGGAGGAGUUGGCAAGUAUCAGUUUAAUAAAACGUCGUACGUGAAAGUCACAGACGGUGACGUUGUACAAGGAUUGAAUUCGCUGUGGAGAAUGCAGAGCAGUUCUCAGGGCCACGACGUGCGGCAAGGUUUGGAGAUGCGACAUAUCUACACUGCCACAAAUCAAGUCUUUAUGCAACUUGUUGCUGGCGAGUGGGCCGGUCAACUUCUUGGUAUGCAUGGUGAGUUGAUCACCGCUUCAAAGUAUUCGCCAGCGGUAUUUCAGCUGAGAACCAUUCACGACGAGCAAAAGAAAGAUGUCUGUCCAGAGACACCAGCGAUACCUGAGCCAUUAGCGCAAGACACAAACGGUUCAGUUUCUACUGUGCGCGAAGGAGUCUCUACGUGGGCUUUGCAGCGCGCAUCGGCAAUACCACGCUGUAUUGCGCCUCUCAAUGUGGACAUUGUGAUUUCUUGUGAAGCUUUUUGCAGUUCUGCACAGGAAAAGCUCGUGUCUAAGACGAAAUCACAAGGGUUUAUCUAUGCGACAAAGGUUGUAGGUGAUGCAUCGCUUCUAGGUUCCAAGAAAGCAAUUGACGGUGGUUGUUUUGCCAUGAGCAAAGAAAUGACUUUUGUGCUGAAUAACUUUGGUGCUGAAACAAUCGAGACUGUUCAUAUUGUGGGAACGCAUUUACAAGCUUGGGAGACUUCACUUGCAGUCACAACACGAACUUGUCAACUUGUUUUGAUGAAAGAGUUUGUCACUUUCUUGUCAAUUCCAGAGCAUCAAGUUCUUGUUUAUGCUGGAGAUAUGAAUGUCAACAACACUAAUGCCCAGUCACCAAUCUAUAGUUUUGAUCCACAUACGAGGUUACUUGCAGUGGAUGGUCCGAGUUCGGGUGGGAUCACGGAGCGAUUAGAUUACAUUCUGGUGGGACGAACGUAUCGUCAACCAUUGAUUGCAUCAUCCGAGAUUAUUCAUCCAAAGGCGACUCGACAUUGGGCACCAUCUCGAAAGGUUUUUGAGGAAAUUCUCGUGGAUUUAUCGGAUCAUUCAUUACCCAGUUUUAGCUGA